AUUAUACAGUACCGUUUACACUGCGGUCAAGUGGUAAUCGAGCACGAUUGGCUCUUACUUUUUGCAAGUGUUGAAUCGUUGCACCGAUAGUGCACCGAACGUUUACAUCGGAGUACGCACUCGACAGUCGUGAGUCGACUGCGAUGUUGGAGAGUGGCGUGCUUCCUCUCGCCUUGCUAUAAACAGGAUUGUAUAAAACGUGAAAUAAAAGUUUUAUUAGUGCAUCGACAAGAUGAGACAAAUCUUUUUCACACUCUUUCUCUUAACCGUUUUGGCAAAUCAGGGUGACAGCUUGUACUGUUACCGAUGUAACAGUAAUCAACCUGGAUGUGGAACGCCCUUGAAUUGGUUAUGGUACUGGGGAGAGACUUGCCCAGAAUAUGACGACAAGUGUGUAAAGAUAAUCGAACGGAAAGGAGCGGAAACAAUCAUUACUCGCGAAUGCCUCAGCUCCGUACGUAGCUUUAGAACGGACAUUCCUGCGGAUCAUUACGAAGGCUGCAGACCUGCUGCUAAAGAUGUACGAUUAGGCCAUUACGUCAAUAACAGUAUUCAUCAGUUGGAUAUUCACCGUGAUUAUUACGACCAAGUCACUUGGUGCUUUUGUUACUUUGAUCAUAGAUGUAACAGCGCAGAGAUUAUGACCGUUUCAACGUUGCUCAUAACUUUGCAAAUUGCUAUACAAUAUUUUAUAUCUUGAGGCUGUCGCUUAUAUCGCGUUUCACAGAAGAAUCUUAUGAAAGAUGGAUUUCGAGAGGAAAAUCUGAGUAUUCAACUUCUCUUUCUUGAUAUUAAUAACCGCGUUUCACUCUCGUAGCCUCUUGUAUUUUUAAUUUUGAGAGGUUAUUCACUUAUAUCUAUGGUUUUUACUAUACUUUAGUGUCAGAAUCUUUAUUCGUCUACGUACCAUCUUUCAAAUAAUUCACUUUAAAGUUAUCAUCAAGUUAAUAUUGUGCUGGAGAUACAUUUAUAUCUUCAAAUGACUAAAUUUCUUACUCCAUUUUUUAUACGUCCAAGUUUAAUAUUUUGUUUUACACGCAUUUCUGCGCGCGCGCGCACAGAAUAAUUUUUACAUAUCGCAAAGCCGUCCGUUAAUAUAGUAGAUAACAAAGCCGUCCAUUAAUAUAAUAGAUAACAAAGCCGGUCGUUAAUAUAAUAUAGGUAAUAAAGAUAAGAGUAAUUUAAACGUGUUUUGCAAAAUAUGUUUUCUAUACAAGGUAAAACAGUGAAUCAGACGAUUUUUAAUAGUGCCAUCAAAUUAUAAGGCCUUUAUUUAUGUAAUUUCUCUCUAUAUGGAUAUUAAGUUUAUAUUAAAGCAUUUGGUUCACAUUAUUCACACGUUCAAAUCUUAUAGUUGGUCUUAAUUCCGGAAUGCAACAAAUAGCUCAGGUAAUCGUAUACAAAUGAAUGUAAAUAACUAAUCAAAGAACUUUAGCAUCUUAAAAAAGAGCUCAUUGUUAGAAUUGGUGACAUCAUUUUUUAUUUUGAAAUUUCAAGAAUAUUUUUAGGACAUGUGGAUGAAAAACAUCUCAUUUUACAAUUUAGGAAUAGAAAAAAAAAUUCUUUUCGGAUUACCUGCGCAAUCUUGGGUUUUCCAGAUGACGAUUAUUUCGCUGAAUGCAAUCGGUACACUUCCGGAUGACUCACAAUCAGUCGUUACAACAUUUCACAUUUCCAUCUAUGGAAAUUUGUGCAAUCUCUUCUUACAAUAGAUACUAGUUUAAGCUGCUGAAUCGUUUGAUAGUGUUGAAUGCAGUAAAAACCGAAACUUUUUAAAUCAUUCCAUAACAAGUCAGGUCUCUUAUUGAGAUUGUGGUCAUUUUAAAGAUGUUGUGUUUUAAAAGUAAGACGUACAUUUAAAAGUGUAAAUAUUGAAACCAAAUGCUUCGAUGUUAAGUUACGUCUAUAUAUAUAAAAAAAUAUCUUAUGAUUUUAUGGCAUUUCUUCAAAUAACUGGUUUCACUGAUUUAUCCUGUAUAAAUUAACUGCCUUAAUAUUAAAUACUAUUGUAUCUUUUGUAUUGUAACUGAUUUUAUAAUAUUUUAUAAAUAAAAUAAACAUAUAUUUUAAGUAUCUACUAUCUCGUAAAAUCGCGACUGCUUACCGCAGCAGGGUUCGUAUAUAGGUACGUGAGCGUUUAAAUUUAUUUUAUAUGCGUGCAUUGUCAUUUGGAUCAUGUGAAUAAAAAGUACGACUGCUAUCAUCUU